ACAGGCUGAACUUUAAACGAAAGAUGACGUCACAGAGGGCCGUUCUAGUUUCGGUUUAUUAUAUAUUAAACAAACAAAAAAACACAAUAAGGAUUAAAUAAUAUAGUUAUGAAGUUCAGGAAAUAUGUGAAAUUUUAAAAAAAAAACUAUAAUAUUGACUUUUUUUUUGCUUUUUUAUCUCUUCAAGAAUACUUUUAAGAAAACAUAACAAGCAUAGAAAGUAAACAAUGAAAUAUUAAAGAUUAUUUUCACAGAUCAGCUCGAGUUAUGCUGUAUUUUCUUUCAUUUUUACACGUGUUUUCCCCCAAAUUAGCUGGAAAGGGAAAAAUCCGAUUACCGCAAACGCAGCAUUCACGAUCGAGCAGCUUUAGAAACAGAAAGUAUGAGUUCAGUCUUCAUUCAGAGCUCACAUGAGACGGAGAUUGUUUUACAGCCUUUUAGCUUUAAGCUUCUAUUGUUGUUUUAAAGUUUGGUGUGUUCUGAUGGGGCGUAGUAAAAAGAACAGAAAAUGGCAAAUUACUGAUAAAUCAGAUUCUAUUAACCACAGAUAUCAUGGCUUAAAGAAUCAGGGAGCAACCUGCUACCUGAACAGUGUUCUGCAGGUUCUGUUCAUGACCAAAGACUUCAGAGAAGCCGUCAGCAGUUCCUCUGAGCCUGGGUCUAUUAAUCCUCAUCUCACCUCCUUGUUUGGAGAUUUACAAAAGAAUUCAGCAAACACCCAAGCCAUCACAAGACAUCUGGGCAUUACCCGAGUUCAAGAACAACAGGAUGCUGCUGAAUGUCUGGAGAAGAUUUUACUCCACACCAGUUCCAAAGCAUCACAGAUAUUCAAAGGAGAGCUGACUCACAGGAACACCUGCUGCACAUGCAGUAGAGACUCAGAGGACAGCAGGCAGUUCUGGAGUCUACCCCUCACUCUGGUGGAUCCAGAAAAAGACGACUAUUCUGUGGUUUGAACAAA